AUGCUACUUUUCCUCGUCCGCCACGGCGAAACAGUCGAUAAUGUCGCGGGCAUCUACGCAGGAACCCGCGACUCCCCGCUCACAUCCCAUGGGGUACUCCAAGCUCGCCGCCUAGGCGCGCACCUCGCCUCCCGCGGGGUCAGGCACAUCUUCUCAUCGGACCUUCGCCGGGCGGUGGAGACGGCCCAGGCCAUUGUCGACGCCGUCAUCCAGGUCCAGACUACCAGAAGAAGCGCAGUCACCGCUGCACCUUCGCCCGUGACCGCUCUCGUCCAGCUGCCCGAUUUGCGCGAGCGCGACUUUGGCGGGGCGGAGGGCAAGAAAUUUGGCACCGUGUCGUCGCUUGCGGACGGGGAUGUCGCUGCUGAAACGCGGCCGCAGAUGCGCAUGAGGGCUGAACGGUUUGUUACUGGCUGGCUUGAGCCGCUGUUUUUGAAUCUGGAUCGGAAUCCUGGCGGACAACAGGAGGGAUCGUGCUGCGUCGUGGUCGUGGCGCAUGGCAUGAUCCUGGGAGAGUUGCUUGCUGCGUUGCUGGCUAGGUUUGCUCCCGGGGAAGUACACAAGUUGGGCGGGAGGCCGGUGUUAUGGAGUAAUACCGGCUAUGCCGAGCUGGUUGUUAGGGUUGAUGACCAGCCGAUGGCCCCUACCACGGCUGUGCCAGGGCUGGGUAAUGGUCCCGGAGAGGUUGAGUCGGAGGGGAUGGCUGCGGCUGAUGUGGCUUCUGGUGAUAAGAAGGAGCGGCAGCCGCGUGUCAGCCUUUCCCUAGUGGCUGUCAACGUGCUGAAGCACCUCGAGGGCUUGAAAAAGACUCGGGGCGGCAUUGGCAGUGCCCGGUUCGACAAGCGGCAGAGAACCAUGGACUCGUUCUUCGCGUCGGCUGCGAAAAAGCAGCGGGUCGAUCUUGAAGGAGGCGUUGGGGAUACUUGA